AUGGAGUAUUUUUCUCUUGGAGGCAGUCAAUGGGACAGUGGCUUCCGCUCGCAGCACACGCUACACGCGCAUACCGCGGCGCUUGCAGCAGCCAGAGUGCCAAACCACCACAGCGAGCUGCAAUGGGUGGGCCAAUUGUCGCGCUUCGCCAAGGCCGGCUAUCUCCAGUUCAUUGUUAUAGCUAUCUCGGUGCUCUUCAUUGCAGGCCAUCUAAUCAGCCGGUCAUAUUCAAAGAUCACGAGGCCAGAAGGCAACGCGUCUACGUUUUCUCUACCGUUUGAGCUCGGCGCCCAAUUGUUGCGGGCUGCGGCCCUGGCACUCACUUCCGUGGUCGCUGUGCAGCAGGGCGGUAAAUGGCCAGAUGUGGCUAUCUUGGGCUAUGCCUUUCUCCUAGGCCUGUUGAGGCUGAUCAAUGAUAUCGAAUGGCGACACGUAGCGCUGCACCAGGUCAACUUUGCCCUCUUUGGCGCCUGGGUGGCAGUCUUUCUGGAAGAAUUGCUGCCAACGAUCGAGAUGAGCUGGGACUCGGGAAUGAGUCCAGCGUUGGUCGCUAGUAUCGCGACCUUGAGUGCAGCCGCCAUCCUCGCCUUGGCCACUCGAAGAGAAUGGACCCCGCCAUCUCUGGAUUUGGACUUUCCCGAGAAAGUCGUGCACGAGGCGUCACCUGAGGAGACCUGUAGUUGGCUUGAGUACUAUGUCACAUACGACUGGCUGACACCUCUGAUGUGGUACGGUGCCCGUCGUCAAAUGACGCUUGAGGAGCUUCCUGCGCUGCCAUGGUACGAUGAACCUCUUCUGCUACUAAAACGGAUCCAAGAAGCUCGCAAGAAGAACAAGUCCACGAUAUGGACACUCCUCCGGUUUCUCCCCAAAGAAAUAAUCACAAUGGCAAUCUACGUUUCCAUUGGCUUCAUCGUCGACUUGGUGUCGCCGUACGCAACAUACAACCUACUCGGGUACCUGAGUGCGUAUGACGAAGCAACUAUCAGGCCCUGGGUUUGGCUUGUUCUCCUGUUCGUCGGUCCGCUUGCUCGGUCGGUCACUUUCCAGCAAUACAUCUUCACAUCUACGCGAUUGAUAGUCCGUGUCAAAGCUGCAUUAACUCAGGAGCUGUACUACAAAGCUAUGGAAUCCAUGGAGCUGGAUGACGAAGCCUUCCAGGAGGUGUCUUCCACCGAGAAGCCUAAGGAUGAGCAGGAAAAGGCACAGGCCCAGACGACAACGUCAACAGGGCGGUUGGCAAACUUGAUGAGUGCUGAUAUUGAUGCAAUAACUAGUGGGCGCGACGUCAUUAUGGUGUUGUUUGGCUUGCCAGGGGCCACUAUCGUGGCCUCAGUCGGACUGUACCUGAUGAUCGGCUGGCCUGCACUCGUUGGUAUUGCUAUCAUGGUCAUCAUGUCCCCAGUUGGCGUGUAUAUCGCUCAGAAAAUGGUGGUUUUGCAGCGUGACUUGAGAAAAAUCCAGGAUUCCAGGAUUUCCGUCAUUUCAGAAUAUCUGGCGUCCAUCCGGGCCAUCAAAUACUUCGCGUGGGAGAACGCCAUCACCAAGAAGGUGAAUGAGAUUCGACGUGGAGAGCAGAAAAAGAUCUGGUACAUCAACAUCAUGUAUAUGUGCCUGGGAGAGUUUACUGAAGCCAUCCCGAUUAUCGCGCUGUUGGUGAUUUUCAGUCUCCAUGUUGCAGUACGUCAGCAACCUCUUACGGCAGAUAUUGCGUUUACGUCGAUCACCCUCAUCAGGACCAUCCGCCGCAACCUGGCUUGGAUAACUGGUAUGUCAAGAAAUAUUACGUCGGCUGGCGUGUCUAUCAAGAGAAUCGACCGCUACUUCGGCAAUGUAACCCCCCUCACUCAACAUCCCGUCGGCCCACUUCGAAUUCACAAAGCCACCAUCAGGCGACACAACAAGGCGACAUUUACUUUGAAAGACAUGUCUAUCGACUUUGUUGAAGGAGGACUGAACGUGAUCAGCGGUCCCAGUGGGAGUGGAAAGUCUACAUUGCUGCUGGCAAUCCUCGGUGAAACUUUGGUCGAGCAAGGAACCAUCACAACACCCAAGGACAUUGCAUACGCAUCUCAGAGCGCCUGGUUGCAGAGCGAGACCAUUAAGGAGAAUAUCUUGUUCAACAGCGAGUUUGAGCAGACCCGAUACGACCGUGUCAUCAAUGCCUGUGGACUGCCUAUCGACUUCAACGAAUUCCCUGAUCGGGACGAGACGGAAGUGGGAGAAAAUGGAGCAACUCUUUCCGGUGGCCAAAAGUCCAGAGUGGCUCUGGCUCGUGCACUAUAUUCCAAAGCGCCGGUGUUGCUCCUUGACGAUAUAUUUUCAGCAUUAGAUGCCAAAACUGCCGCCACUGUUUGGGAGGACUGCUUCUGCGGUGAUAUGCUCAGGAACAGGACCAUUGUCCUUGUCACCCAGCUACCUUGGAUUGCACCACAGUCGGAUCUAUCAAUCAGGCUUGAGAAUGGAGCAGUGGCUGAUGUGCAGCAGAAUCUUGGCAUCGUCAGAAAGCCCGUGAACCUGGACAAAGAACUCGUAGAUGAAGGCAACGUGGAUGCAACCGUUGAAGUUGCAGCAAGGAUUGAUGCCACGAACGGCCACUCGAAUAACGAUGCAAAUGGCGCAAAGACCGAUGUCGUAAAGACAGCAGAAGCGAAACGGCGCGAUGAAGUCACCCAGGAGGCAUUGCGCACAGGUCCCACUGCACGUCUACAAUUCAUCAAGUACAUGCAAUAUUUUGGAAACCCUCUGUACGCCAUUGGAGCAGUGCUUAUGAGCAUUCUUUGCACCGCGUCUAGCAUCGGUACUGGGCUAUGGAUCGCCGUAUGGGUUGAAGCCUACGACAGUGGUGAAGCUGCCAACAUUGCAUUCUAUCUUGGAAUAUAUGGAGCCUGGAGCUUUGGGGAGAUCUUAUUAACUGCGCUGACCUUUGUUCUCUACGAGAGUGGAGGCUGGUAUGCUGCAAAGACCCUGCACGCUACCUUCAUCAAGGCCAUGUUGACUGUGCCAUUAUCGUGGUACAAAACCACACCCGUCGGCAGAGUAGUCAACAGAUUUUCCAGAGACAUGAACUCUCUCGACAUGUCACUGACCACCUACCUGCGCUUCUUCUUCGAGACUCUCAUUCGCCUAGUCUUCCAGAUCGGCGCAGUUGGCUCAGUAUUACCCGUCUUCAUACUUCCCGCUGCGGUAACAUGCUUCGUGGGAAUCAUUGCUGGUGAGAUGUACACGAGAACUGCAGUCGCCAUCAAGAGACUGGUAUCGUCAUCACAAUCGCCUUUGUUCUCCCAGUUUGCGGAUAGCUUAGCAGGAAUUGCUGUUAUCCGGGCACGAGCUGGCAUGCCCAAGACCUUUGGCAACCAGCUUGCCGAGAAGCUACGGGUAUUCGUCAGAACCUCCGAGACACAUUACAAUUGCAAUCGUUGGGUGGCACUCAAGGUUGAUUUUGUGACUGCGCUGGUCACGGUAGCCGCGGGCGCAAUUGCUGUGUCGAAAGCAGGCUUGAUUCCAGCCGGCCGCGUCGGUUUUUCUCUCACUAACGCAACGACUCUGAGUCAGAUCAUUCUCAUGCUCGUGCGUUGUAUGAACGAGCUCGAAGUAGAGAUGCAAAGCUUCCACAGAGUGCGCGAGUAUGCCUUAGUUGAGCCAGAAGAGAAGCCAGAGGACUACCGAGAGCCGGGCUCAUACAGGGAUGAUGACACCGUAGUCAUGCCUCCGAACUGGCCUCGAAGUGGUGAAGUUGAGUUUCGCAACGUGACCAUCAAGUAUGACGCGGAUGGGCCUGAAAUCUUGAAGGAUAUCAAUCUCAAAUUUGCAGCGGGUGAGAGAGUUGCCAUCGUUGGGCGAACAGGCUCUGGAAAGAGUACCUUGGUUCUCUCUCUACUGCGAUUCGCCGAUAUCGUAUCUGGGCAGAUUUUAUUCGAUGGCGUUGACAUCACCAGUUUCCCACGACAAAAACUGAGAGAAGCACUCACGAUUAUACCUCAAGAGGCGGUCCUGUUCAGUGGUGAUGUCGGCUCGAAUCUGGAUCCGUCCGACGAGGUUUCAAAGGAGAUUGUGGUGAAAGCGCUGCAGUACUGUAGCGGGAUUGCUUCUUUUGAGUAUAGAGAGAGCGACGACUCCGAGACCGGACAAAGUACUCCCGUAGAGGGAGCAGACGAAGUUCGCUCGGAAGCGCAGAUCAUCAACCUUUCAACAGCAGUAAAAGCAAAGGGCGAAAACUUCUCGCAUGGCCAACGCCAAGUCCUCUCACUCUGCAGAGCGCUUGUCCGGAAGAGCAAGCUAAUGCUCCUCGAUGAAGCAACUGCAAGCAUGGACUACGAGACAGACCAAGGAAUCCAGGAGGUCCUUCGGAAGGAGCUCAACGAGCACGGCAGGGACAGAACACUGGUGACCAUCGCCCAUCGCUUAAAGACAAUUAUUGACUACGACAAGGUUGUAUUGUUGAGCGCAGGCCAAGUUCUUGAGGUCGGGUCUCCUAAAGAACUAUACGAGGCAAAGGGACAGUUCUAUGACAUGAUGAGACAUAGCGGCGAGUUCGAGGAUUUGGAGAAAAUCCUGAACGCCAAAGAGUGA